ACACACUGAGGGCACAGGUUAAAUAUAGAGCAGACUCUCACUGCUGACCACAGACUCUCAGCAUGUGAUUUGAUUUAAGAGAAAACAACAACAACAGAGUCUAUUCUCACCUCUGUCUCUGUCUCUGUCUCUCUGUCUCUGUCCCUCUCUCUCUGAUUCCAUUUAAACUCAGUUCAUCACAGAGGAGACACUUCACACGCUCUUGUCCCUGACACAGAGGAGGAGACAGUGUUGACUGGACUCGAGGACAAAAGAGACUGAAGACUGGAGUAAUGUAGUGAUGGUGUGUCAGUGAAGGCAGCACGAGAGACCUGGACUCACUGUGUCACAAAGACCUGGACUCACUGUUGGAUCUGGACUCACUGCUGUACUGAGAGUAAAGAGAGUUUAGUUCACAGGUAUAACAAAGAUGCGGUCCAGGAACUGCACCAUGGAAGGUCCAGACCAUAACGGACACAUCCAACCAACCAACGGUUUCCUCAAGCAGGAGGAGGAGAAGAAGGAGGAGGAGGAGGAGGAGAACACACCAGGGCUGAUGAAGAGGAAGAUGAGAGUCCAGAGACAGGAGAAGGACGGGAGGACGGGGACAAAGAAGACACCUCAGAGAGCUGGAGACAGCAGGAGGACGCCAACGCCAAAUCUGUCAAAGAAGGAGCUGCUUCACCUGCUGGGAAUCAUGGAAGGAGAAGUUCAGGCCAGAGAAGACGUCAUCGGUCUGCUGAAGUCAGACAGAACCAGACCUGAGACUCUGGAGGCUCACUACGGUUCGGCCGCCCCUGUCAAACCUCUGCAGGCGCUGCAGAGAGACGGCGUCCUCGUCCACGGCGGCGGCGGCAGCAGCACGGACGACGUGUAUGAGAAACCCAUGGCCGAGUUGGAGCGUCUGGAGGACAAACAGAGGGAGACGUACAGACGGAUGCUGGAGCAGCUGCUGCUGGCGGAGAAGUUUCACCGCCGCACCAUCACCGAGCUGGACAACGAGAAGCGCAAACACGCCGACUUCAUGAACAAGAGCGACGACUUCACCGGCCUGCUGGAGCAGGAGCGAGAGAGACUCAAGAGGCUGCUGGAGCAGGAAAAGGCCUACCAAGCUCGUAAGGACAAGGACCACAGCAGGAGGCUGGAGAAGGUCAGAGCUGAGCUGGUGAAGCUCAAGUCCUUUGCCCUGAUGUUGGUGGAUGAGCGGCAGCUGCACAUCGAGCAGAUCGACCAGCAGAGCCAGAAGGUCCAAGAACUCACCCAGAAGCUGCAGGAAAGAGAGCAGCGACUGGCAACUGUCUCUGACACUGCCAAGGAGGACGGCCAGAAGGUCCUCAAGCUGGAGACCGAGCUGGAGCACAGGGCAGCCAAGUUUGCUCAGGAGCACGAAGAGAUGAGCACAAAGCUGGCCAACCAGGAGUCACAUAGCCGACAGCUGAGGCUGAAGCUGGCGGGACUUUCAAACAAGAUCGAAGAGCUGGAGGAGAACAACAAAGUUCUGCAGAAAUCGGACGAGGACCUGCAGGAGCUGAGGGAGAAGAUCAGCAAAGGGGAGUGUGGCAACUCAUCUCUCAUGGCGGAGCUGGAGAAACUGAGGAAGAGGGUGCUGGAAAUGGAGGGCAAGGAUGAGGAGAUCACCAAAACUGAAACUCAGUGCAGAGAGCUGAGAAAAAAACUGCAGGAUGAGGAGAACCACAGCAGAGAGCUGAGGCUGGAGGUGGACAAGCUGCAGAAGAGGAUGGUUGAACUGGAGAAACUGGAGGAGGCGUUCAGCAGGAGCAAAGGCGAGUGCUCUCAGCUUCACACCAACCUGGAGAAAGAGAAACGUGUUGUGAAGGAUCUGGCCGGAGAGCUGGAGAAAGUGAAAACCCGACUGAAAGAACUGGAAUCAUCAGAGUCACAGUUUGAAAGGACAGAAAUGGUCCUCAAAGACGAUCUUGUGAAGUUGAAAUCCUUCACUGUCAUACUGGUCGAUGAGAGGAAAAACAUGGCAGAGAGACUCAAACAGGAAGAGCAGAAAAGUGACGAUAUGAAUAAGAUGUUGAAAACAGAGCAAGGCAAGGUCACAGAGGUCACUGAGAAGCUGAUUGACGAGAGCAAAAAACUUCUCAAAUUCAAGUCAGAAAUGGAAGUGAAAAUAUCAGCUCUGACCAAAGAGAAGGAGGAGUUGAAAACUAAACUUGCAAGUGAAGAGGAGAAGUGUACAGCUCUAAAUAGCAAGCUAAGUAGUAUGAAAAUAAGAAUGGACGGACUGGAGGAGUCGGGGGGGGAACUGCAGAGGAAGUGGGCCAACAAGAAUCUGGAUGAAGACAACAAAGUAAAAGAGCUAACACUGGAAAUCGAAAGACUUAAGAGCAGACUCAAACAGCUGGAGGUGGUGGAGGGAGAUUUGAUGAAAACAGAGGAUGAGUACGAUUUACUGGAGAAGAAAUUCCGAACAGAGCAGGACAAAGCAAACACACUCUCUAAGCUGCUGGAAGAAAUGAAAAUUCAGAUUGCCAGAAACAAAGCAAUAGAGAAAGGCGAGGUUCAGAGUCCUGAGGCCGAGCUGAGACUUCGCUACAAGAUGGAGGAGGCUAAAUCCAGAGAGCUGCGGGCAGAUGUUCUGGCCCUGAAGGAGAAGAUUCAUGAGCUGAUGAACAAGGAAGACCAGCUCUCCCAGCUGCAGGUGGACUACUCUGUGCUCCAGCAGAGAUUCAUGGAAGAGGAGGAGAAGAGGAAGAGCAUGAGCCGGGAAGUGGCCUGUCUUACCAAGGAGCUUGAAGCCACCAAGUGCUACAGCCGUGCAUUGAGGCCUAGCAUGAACGGUAGGAGGAUGGUUGAUGUCCAGGUUACUUCUACAGCGGUUCAGACUGAUGCUAUAGCUGGUGACUUUUCUGAGGAUGAGACGACAGCAGGCUUUAUCAGAAAAUCAGUACUUGAGGAAAACCACUUGAUGAGCAACCUCCGACAACGGGUUCUGAAGAAGCCAACUGUCCUUGAACGAUACCCUCCAGCAUCUGCAGAACUUGGGGCAAGUAGAUCAUGGGUUCCUUGGAUGAAAAAGAAAGAGGCCAUCACCCUCAAUCAGAUGACAUCGGUAAAGACCAACGGGGCAUCACACCCAGGCCAUCCACUACACAUCCGAGUGACCCCAGAUCAUGAAAACAGCACUGCCACUUUGGAAAUCACCAGCCCUGGAGCUGAAGAUUUCUUCUCAAGCACCACCAUCAUCCCAACUCUCGGCCUCCAGAAACCUCGCAUCACCAUCGUCCCUAAGCCCACAACUGUGAUGUCAAAGAGCAAAGCCUGCGACAUGACGGGAAGUCUUACUCGAGCAAAAUCUCCUGUCACAAUAACUACCAUCUCCAAGGCCCGGAGUCCGGAGAAGACCAACAGCAGCAGAUCUGGAGGCCUUCAAUCUCCGGUCUCCAUCAUCACAGUCAGCACCACACCUGUGGCAGAAGCGUGCGCAUCAUCCGAGCCUCACGAAAUGACUUCAGGCCGAACUGUGAUCAAAAUGACCCCAGAGAAGCAACCUGUGCCUUCAAAUGUCCGGAAAUACAAUGGGAACAGCAACAUCAUCACAACAGAGGACAAUAAGAUCCACAUCCACCUGGGUCCACAGUUUAAAAGACCUUCUGAUGGACGCAGCAGUCCCGUGGUGACGCUCAGAACUAUUGGUAUGAACUCAGAAAGCAAAGAAGCCUCCACAGGGACGGUUUUGCGCUCCCCACGCCAGACCUCGAUGGGAAAGACGACUCCGGGCAAAAUGACGAGCAGCAUAACGAUCACACCCAUCACCUCUGCAGCCUCCAGGCCGACACAGUCAGUGUGUUGCUUGCAAGGACUGCGUGGACUGUACCUGCCGGCUGCACAUGCCACUGUCUCACAACACUUUCCAGGCCAGUUGUUUGGCGCACUCUUCUUUAAGUCAAAAGUUUAAGACGGUAACCAUAGAUGUCCAGUUCCUGGGUUCGUCCUUGUAGUCUAUCGAGAGUUGGGUUAUAAAGGUGUGGGGAGUGGCCACUCUUUGCCCGUCUUCUUUUUUGACCAAAAACAAAAGAGUGCACCACCUACUGGACUGGAACGUGUGCUACAUGGGCCAGUCAGAGUCAGAGAGGUCGUCUAUUUUCAUAAAGGUCUGCACCAAACAUUGUGGACAUGAGCAAACAAUUUAAAGCAGCGUGAACUGCAUUUUCCUCUUUGAUUGACAAACAAAUCAAUGACUGGAUGAUUUUUGUUUUAUGUUUCAGUUGCUUCUGAAAUGUGUAAAAAUGAAAUCGCGUGGUGUGUGCUCCCUAGAUAGCACUAUCUCCAGGUAUAAAACAGUUACACUGACGCGAUGUCACUGGUAUGAGCUAACACUGGAAUGACCUGAUCCCACUGUGAAGAGAACACCUCCUACUGAUCUCAUUUACAAAUUCACAAAUUCACCAACUGACAUAAUGUCCUCCCUUUUAACGAAUCACAGCCACAAAGAGUUUGACGUUUUCACAAACUGCAGAAAUGCAGCUCCCUUUUCAAACUUUCAGUACGAAGGUGAAAACUGUGAUUUCACUCUCCCACACCAAACCCCAUAGAGAAAAUCAGUGAUUUUAACACCA